CGAACUGAUAAUUAUGACAGAAGAUUAUGAAUGUUCUAACUGUUGGGUAUUGCUUAGAAUGUGAUUCUCCAGAUUGGCUUUUAUAUGAAAAUUAAUGCAUAUCAUAUUGUGGAGAUUAAGUUGUUAUAGAUAAUGAAUGAAUGUUAGGGAUUUCACAUCUAAGGCGAUCAAACUUUAAUUUAUUAUAACAAAUGGUUAUUGUCACCCCAGUAUGUGGAGAUGGAUUUAUUGUUCUCUUCUAAGAAGAAUGUGAUGAUGGCAAUUUUAUAAAGUAUGACGGUUGCAAUCAAUUUUAAUUCUAACGUUAAGAAAUGUGCACUCUCUGUUAAUAAUGUAUAUGUUAUGAAUGCGACUAUCUAGGUUGGAUGAUAGAAAAUCAUUUGUGCAAGCCAUUUUG